AUGUCGCCACUGGGCACGCCGCCUCCUCCAGGCCACCACUCCUGCCGCCCAGGGUUGGAGAUCGUCGUUAUCCCCCGGUCUGUGGAGCUCCAGGCAGCCGAUGACGCUCUCUCGUCUCUGGCGCUUGUGGCCCUGGUUGGUGGCAGCCGCCCCACGGUCACGAUCGCGGAUGUGCGCCACCAGCUCACUUUGUUCUACAGAAUCCCGGACGACGCGUUCUCCAUCAGUUGCUAUGCGCCGGAGGACUUCCUCGUCAAGUUCAACUCUCGCCACGAUCUGGAGGACGUUCUGCGCGGUCCGGUUCCGAUCGGGACACCCUUCUUCCUGGUCUGGAAGCGCUGGUGGCGCCAGUCCAGGGCGUCCGCCGGAGCUCUCAAGUACAAGGUGCUCGUCGGCUUGUCCGGGCUGCCUGCCCAUGUACAGCGCAUACUGGGGUCAUCCUGUGCGAAGCUCGAGGAGGCUCCGGUGACCACCACCGGAGAGGACCGGCGGGAGUACGUCGUUGCUGGGUGGUGCGUCCACCCGGACUUCAUCCCCAUGGAGAAGGUGAUCAUGGUCCCGAAAACCCCAGCUGUCGUUCGUCGUGGGAUUGUUGAGCUGGAUUACUGGAACCAUUCAUUUUCUUGUAAUCAUAUGGAUUGUGAACGUACCCGUUCAUGCUUUUCUCUUGGCUACUACAUUAUGCUACUAUAA